AAAUUAAGGAGAAAAAUAGGCAAAAUGAGAUGUUGUUCAUAACAAACAAAAAUUAGGCAAACAGAGAUAGAUAGUAUCAAAUUAUCACAUCAAUCAUAGCAAAAUGGCGCUACCCAAAGCCAAGGAGAUCGUGUCUUCCAACGCCGUCGUCGUUUUCAGCAAAACCUAUUGCCCUUUCUGCGUCGAUGUGAAGAAGCUUUUCGCUAACCUAGGUGUCAAUUACAAGGUUAUUGAGCUUGAUUCUGAAGCUGAUGGAAGUGAUAUCCAAGCAGCAUUAGCCGAGUGGACUGGUCAGCGGUCUGUGCCGAAUGUGUUUAUUGGUGGAAACCACAUUGGUGGCUGUGACUCAACAAAGGCAUUGCACAAUCAAGGGAAGCUGGUGCCUCUGUUGACAUCUGCUGGAGCUGGUGCCCGAUCAACUGCUUGAAGGAGCUCAAUUUCUAUAAUGUAGUUAAAUAAUUGGGUAGAUGUAAUUCACUACCCUAAAACUCAUGUUGAACCUGUGUGAUUUCUCUUUAAACUAGAUUCUCAGAAACAAGUUUAUUUUUAAAUGAAGUAUAGAAUGUUUUUAUUUUUCUUCA